AUGUCUUCCUCCACCCCAACACACGCAGAGUCGUCGUCCUCGGGCAACUCGUCUGCGCCCUCGUCUCCCGCCGCCUCGUCGGUGGCCUCGCUGGGCACCGAUGUGACGCAGCUCGACCAGGCAUCGGCAACGUCCGCUGACGUGCCGCCCUCGCCAUCCAAGGAAGACAUUGCUCUGCCUGUCGAGGAGCGUCAGGCAAAGGCAAAGGUGCUCAAGGACGAGGGCAACAAGCUCUUCGUCGCCGGCCAGUACGACGCCGCCAAGCACCAGUAUGGCCUCGCCAUCGCACUCGACCCUUCCGUGCCCGCCUUCUACAGUAACCGUGCAGCGUGCGAGCUCAAGCUCGAACAGCACGGCCUCGCCAUCGAAGACGCCACAAAGGCCAUCCAGCUCGACUCCAAGUUCUCCAAAGCAUACUUCCGCAGGGCCAGCGCACAUCUCAGCAUCCUCGAUCCCAAGUCGGCUCUGCCCGACCUCAAGAUCGUCGCGCAGCUCGAACCCAAGAACGCCUCGGUCAAGGCGCAGCUCGAGGCAACUGUCAAGCUCAUCCGCCGUCUCGAGUUCGAGAAGGCCAUCAAGGUCGCGGAAGGCGUCAAGGCGGCCGACACGGUCGAGUCCAACCUCAAGGAGGGCGGCGGCGGCACCGUUGUGCCCGACUCCUACGACGGCCCUCGCAUCGCUGAUGGCGACGACGAGGAAACCAAGCACCUUGGAAAGAUCGACGAAAAGUUCAUCAAGGACAUGAUCGAGCACUUUAAGAACGGCGGCAAGCUGCACAACCGCUACUCUUGGCAGAUCAUCCUGGGCGCCUUCCGCGCGCUGCAGCAGGAGCCGACGUUGGUGGACUACCAAGUGACGGACGGCACGACGAUCGACGUGAUCGGCGACACGCACGGCCAGUUCUUUGACUUUAUCCACCUGCUUAACAAGACGGGCGCGCCGAGCAACGACCAUGCGCUGCUCUUCAACGGCGACUUUGUCGACCGUGGCUCGUGGUCGGUCGAGAUCGCGCUUACCGUGUUUGCGUACAAGUGGCUCUACCCCAAGACCACGCUCAUCAACCGCGGCAACCACGAGACGUCCGAGAUGAACAAGGUGUACGGCUUCGAGGGCGAGUGCAAGGCCAAGUUUGGCGGCGACCUGACGUUCAAGCUCUUCACCCAGGUGUUUGUGGCGCUGCCGCUGGCGACGCUCAUCAGUGCCACCCAGGCUCCGCUCACGGGCGAUGAGCUGCCGGCGUCGUUCUCCGUGGCGCAGCGCCAGCCCAUCACGGACAAGGACACGGGGCGAAAGCGAUUCUUUGUCGUGCACGGUGGCCUCUUCUCCAAGGACGGUGUCACGCUCGACGACAUUCGCGCCAUUGACCGCUUUGCGAUCGGACAGCCCGGUCAGGCCGGAUUGAUGAUGGAGCUGCUCUGGAGCGAUCCGCAGACAGCGCCGGGACGCGGCCCAUCCAAGCGUGGAGUCGGACUUGGCUUUGGACCGGACAUCACCAAGGCGUGGUGUGAGCUCAAUGGCGUCACCGCUGUGCUACGCAGUCACGAGGUGCGCAUGGGCGGCUACGAGGAGGAGCACGAGGGUCGCUGCUGCACCAUCUUUUCCGCACCCAACUACUGCGAUUCGACGGGCAACCUCGGUGCAUUUGCGCGCAUCGACGCUCAGGGCAGCAUCGGGUGGACCGUGUUCGAGGCCCAACCCCACCCGAACAUCAAGCCCAUGGCGUACGUCGGCAAUGCGAUGAACGGCAUGCUCGGCAUGUAA